AUGGCGUCCGGCCAUUUCCAAGUGGAAGCGGCGCUGCUGAUGCUUCCGCUGCUAAUGCUGGUGCUCAACUCGGGCGGCAGCGGCAGCGCUGCUGGUGCGGUGGUGCCGGCGGUGAUCGUGUUCGGCGACUCGACGGUGGACACGGGCAACAACAACCAGAUCGGCACGACGCUGCGGUCCGACUUCCCGCCCUACGGCCGCGACAUGCCGGGCGGCGCCCGCGCCACGGGGCGGUUCGGCAACGGGCGGCUGCCUCCGGACUUCAUCUCCGAGGCGCUGGGCCUGCCGCCGCUCGUCCCGGCGUAUCUCGACCCGGCCUACGGCAUCGGCGACUUCGCGCGCGGCGUCUGCUUCGCCUCUGCCGGCACCGGCGUCGACAACGCCACCGCCGGCGUCCUGGUAAGCACCGCAAGCCCCGCGCACCGCAGGGAGGUUGGUGAGAAAGGCAGAAGAAAUCAAAGCCGAGUAGGGAGCAGGGGCCCUCCCCGGCUCGGCACGGGCCGCUUCGCCGAGUACACGGUGGCUGAGUUCUCCGACUUCCUCGUCGCCGGCGCGCGCCGCUUCCUGUCGGAGAUCCACCGCCUCGGCGCGCGCCGCGUCACCUUCGCCGGGCUCGCCCCCAUCGGCUGCCUCCCGCUGGAGCGCGCCGAGAACAUGAUCCACGGCGGCGGCUGCAUCGAGGAGUACAACCGGGUGGCCAGGGAGUACAAUGCCAAGGUGGAGGCCAUGCUGGGGGCACUCCGCGCCGAGCUCCCGGACCUCAGGCUCGCCUACGUCCCCGUCUACGACACCAUGCUCGACCUCGUCACCAACCCGGCCAAGUUCGGGCUGGAGAACGUGGAGGAAGGGUGCUGCGCCACGGGGAGGUUCGAGAUGGGGUUCAUGUGCAACGACGAGGCGCCCAUGACCUGCGCCGAUGCCGACAAGUUCCUCUUCUGGGACGCAUUCCAUCCGACGCAGAAGGUGAACCGGAUCAUGGCCAACCACACGAUCGACAUCUGCUACCAGCAAGGCCUCCUCUGA